GAGAGAAAAGUACUACUGUGAGAGUGCGUUCUCUCUCUCUCCUCCAAUAGAAACAGAUCGAUCGUGAAGCCGGCUAGAGAGAAAAACACCUAGAGAGAGAGAGAGAGAGAGAGAGAGGAGCUUCGCUCGUUGGACUGGCGAAGAUGGUGAGCAAAACGGAAGAAACCCAAUUGAACAGGCUCGAGAACCAGGUCGACAAUGGAGGAGGAGGGGCCUGGGAGUACCUCUGUUUAGUCAGAAAGCUCAAAGUCCGCCGCUCCGAGAAGGUCUUGAAGUACGGCCUGUCGAUCUUGAACGACCUCAAGAAAAGAUCCGGUCUUGGCUCGGAAGAAUGGACUUUAUAUGAGCAAGUUGCAAUUGCAGCUAUGGACUGCCAGUCUCUUGAUGUUGCAAAGGACUGCAUUAGGCUUUUACGUAAGGCAUUUCCUGAGAGUAAAAGAGUUGGCAGGCUAGAGGCUAUGUUGCUAGAGGCAAAGGGAUCUUGGGCAGAGGCAGAGAAGGCUUACUCAAGCUUUCUGGAGGAAAAUCCACUCGAUCAAGUGAUACAUAAGAGAAGAGUAGCUAUGGCAAAGGCACAAGGAUACAUUUCAGGGGCCAUUGAGGGGCUUAAUAAAUAUCUGGAAAUAUUUAUGGCUGACCAUGAUGCGUGGAGAGAGCUGGCUGAAAUCUACGUUUCCUUGCAAAUGUACAAGCAAGCUGCGUUCUGCUAUGAGGAGCUGAUAUUAUCACAACCUACUGUUCCUCUUCACCACUUGGCUUAUGCUGAUGUGCUAUACACGCUUGGUGGACUAGAAAACCUUCAGACAGCAAAAAAAUACUACGCAUCCGUUAUAGACUUGACUGGGGGCAAGAAUACCAGAGCACUUUUUGGUAUUAACUUGAACGUCUUAACUCCUGCCUUCCAGUGCACUUCCGCCAUCGGACAGCUUGCGAAAGGAAGGAACAAGGAAGACAAAGAGAGCUUAGAGCUACAAUCACUGGCAGCAACGGCCUUGGAGAAAGACUACAAGCAGAGAGCACCCGAAAAACUUUCCCUGCUUACGACGGCCUUGAAAAGCUUGAAAGUUUCAUCAUAACUCCUUGGUCUUCGAAGAAUCUUCGUAUAGCAAAACAGGUGAGUGGCGACUUGGUGCCGAAUGGCUGUGGAUUACAAGAAUCUCAUAUCUUAGUUACGUUAAAUGAUUUUUUUUUUAUUUUCGUGUUUCGACUUCCCUGUGUCUUUUUUUCAAGUCCUUAAUAAGAGGACGAGAUGUAUUCUUUAUGAUGGCCACAGUGGCUAACUAGGAAUGUAUGAGUAACACCCUUUCUUCUUUUCGGAUUUAAUAUCAUUUUCCCUUUGCUUUUUACCUUAA